GGCGCUGCUCAAAGAGAUGUGCGAGGCGACGCUGCAGCCCGACGUUAUCAGCUACAGCGCUGGGAUCAGCGCGUGCGAGAAGGGCGGGCAGUGGCAACCGGCCUUGGCGCUGCUGAGCGAGAUGUCGAAGGCGAAGCUGCAGCCCGACGUCUUUCUCUUACAAUGCCGGGAUUAGCGCGUGCGGGAAGGGCGAACAGUGGCAACGAUCUUUGGCGCUGCUCAGCGAGAUGUGGGAGGUGAAGCUGGAGCCCGACGCCACCAGCUACAACGCUGGGAUUAGCGCGUGCGGGAAGGGCGAGCAGUGGCAGUGGGCAUUGGCGCUGCUCGGUGAGAUGUGGGAGGCGAAGUUAGAGCCAAACAUCAUCAGCUACAGUGCUGGGAUUAGCGCAUGCGAGAAGGGUGAUCAAUGGCAGCGGGCAUUGGCGCUGCUGAGCGAGAUGUGGGAGGUGGCGGUGCGGCCCAACCUACAAUCAGCUACAACGCCGGCAUUAGCGCGUGCGGAAAGGGCGGGCAGUGGCAACAGGCCUUGGCGCUGCUCAGCGAGAUAUGGGAGGCGAAGCUGCAUCCCGACGUCUGCCCUAGUCAGCUACAAUGCCGGGAUCAGCGCGUGCGAGAAGGGCGAGCAGUGGCAGCGGGCAUUGGCGCUGCUCAGCGAGAUGUGGGAAGCAAAGCUGCAGCCCGACUCGGCUACAGUGCUGGGAUCAGCGCGUGUGGGAAGGGCGAUCAGUGGCAGCGCGCCUCGGCGCUACUCAACGAGAUGCGGGAGGCAAAGCUGCAGCCCAGCGUCAUCAGCUACAGCGCUGGGAUCCGCGCGUGCGAGACUGACGGCCAGUGGCAGCGGGCUCUGGCGCUGCUCGGCCAGAUCCUGGAGGCGAAGCUGCAGCUGGACGUGCUCAGCUGCAAUGCUGGCAUUCGUGCGUGUGGGAAGGGCGAUCGGUGGCAGCAGGCCCUGGCGCUGCUCGACGAGAUGCGGGAGGCGAAGCUGGAGCCCAACGUCUUCCCUACAAUGCCGGCAUCAGCGCGUGCGAGCAGGGUGCGCAGUGGCAGCGGGCUCUGGCGCUGCUCGGCGCGAUGCGGGAGGCGACGCUGGAGCCCGACGUCAUCUCUCUACAGCUCUGGGAUCAGCGCGUGCGAGAAGGGCGAGCAGUGGCAGCGGGCACUCGCGCUGCUGGGUGAUAUAUGGGGAGCGAAGCUGGUGCCCAACGUCUUCAGUUACAGCGCCGGGAUCAGCGCGUGCGAGAAGGGCGGGCAGUGGCAGUCGGCUCUGGCGCUACUCGGCGAGAUGCGGCAGGCAAGCCUGCAGCCCAACGGCUUCAGCUACAGCGCUGGGAUCAGCGCGUGCGGGAAAGGUGAUCAGUGGGAGCGCGCUCUGGCGCUGCUGAGCGAGAUGUGGGGGGCGAAGCUGGAGCCCAGCGUCACCCGUCUACAACGCUGGGAUCAGCGCGUGCGAGAAGGGCAAGCAGUGGCAGCGGGCUUUGGCGCUGCUGAGCGAGUUGCGGGAGGCGAAGCUGGAGCCAAGCUCAGCUACAACGCCGGGAUCAGUGCGUGCGAGAAGGGCGAGCAGUGGCAGCGGGCUUUGGCGCUGCUGAGCGAGAUGCGUGAGGCGAGGCUGGAGCCCAACGUCAUCAGCUACAACGCUGAGCUCUGCGCGUGUGAGAGAUGCGGCCAGUGGCGGCAGGCGCUGUCGCUGCUUGACGAGAUGCGGGCGAUUCACUUGAAGCCGGAUGACCUCAGUUACAACAUGGGCGUCGCAGCGUAUGAGAAAUCGUCUCGCAACUUGGCAGGAUUCCCGGGCUACGUUGGGAUCGGCCUCUCGCGUUGACGAACACCCUGCGAGUCACUCUGCGUGCGGGACCCUGUUGGGCAACCAGUGCGACUACGUGGACGGACACUCGGCAGCGGCACCCCACCGCGCAGGAAGCCGCUCCGGAUGCCGUCGCAUGGGCCUCCUCCGGUCGACGACGGUGCUGGGAUCGGCACGCGUGAGAGAGCUGCGAGCACCGAGAGCGGGCCUGCCGCGGCUCGGCGACCGUCGCUGGUUCUGGGCGGUCUUCGACUCGUGGCAGCGCUGGGAUCGGCACGCGUGAGAGAGCUGCGAGCGCCGAGGGCGGGCCCGCCGCGGCUCGGCGACCCUCGCCGGCUCCGGGUGGCCUUCGGCUCGGUGGACGGAGGCGGCGAGCCUCGGGCGACGGAGCCGCCUCCCCGCCGAGCUGCGGCGACCCGCGCCCGGGUGAUCGGCAGGGAGGUGGCAGUCCGCGCGGGCCCGCAGCGGCGGCGGGCCACGAAGCUCUUGAGGGUGCACGGAGGCCGCGCCGCGCGGGCACGGUGCGUCUGCCUGAGUGGGGCCGUCGGCCGUGGAGGUCGCGCAAGCACUCGAAGAGGGCCGCGCCUCGAAGAGGGCCGCGCCCAGCACUCGAAGAGGGCCGCGCCUCGAAGAGUUUCUGUGCCCAGCACUCGGAGAGGGCCGCGCCUCCGUCCGCGCCGGCGGCCAUCUGGAUGUGUAUCUCCUACCGUGUCGUGCGUCCGGCAGCGGGCGCCUCUUCAUACCUGGGGCAGGACGGCCAGUUCGCUUUUGUUAUCGCCUGGCUGCCCCCAGGCAGCCGUGCACGCAGUGCAGGUGUUCUGUGCUGUUGGCGCCCGCCUCCCUCCCUUUUCCUCCCUCCUUCUUUCUCCUGCCUCCCGCCUCCCCGCUCCCUCCUCC